GUUGACCACAUUUGGGAACAAAGUAGUACGUGCACAGGAUCACAUCCUCUACCAGCUACCAGACUCACGUGGCCACUAUUCGAUAUUUAAUGACUUAAUAACGAUUAUACGAUUGUAGGCCGACGCUACGUCUUAUUAUCUCCCCUCCCCUCCAGUCUGAGCGGUAGACGGAGUUGAAACCAUAGGAAACAAGUGAAAUGAAUAGUGAGAGUGAGUGAACUGAAGACUUCAAGUGACGGGAGUGAAAACAAUACAAGUUGUGACUGAAGCUGCAUUCCCAAGCGUGUGAUGUGUGGCGGCCGUCUCGUUUGAAGGAGCGAGAAGCUGCCGCUGCUGCUACUGCUGCUGUCCGUACUGUCCCCUCCUCCCUACCCUUCUCUCUCUCUCUCUCGCUCUCUCUCUCUCUCUCUCUCUCUCGCUUUCUCUCUCUCUCUCUCUCUCUCUCUCUCUCCCCACACUUCUCUUGGGAUUUUGGGAGCUGAAAGCAAAGAGGGGGACAGAGCCAGCCGAGUCCAGGGCUGUCAGCGUGCAUCUUGAUUCGACCGCCUGCAUCAAGGAGAAAAGAGAGCGGGAGGGAGAGAGAGGGUGUAAAGAAGUGGGGAGGGGGGGGGGAGAAAGUCAAAUCUCUCUCUCUCUCACUCACUCUGGGACACUUGUGAAGGGGAACCAAGGGAGAGUGGGGGAGAUCCAAAGCUACGGAGAGGAGCAAAGACGAGUAGGAAGAGGAGGGGGGGAAUACAAGGGAGAAAAAAAGAAAAAGAACACACGCUCCCAACUCCUGCCUCAGUUUCAUGCGCUUGGAAACAACGAGAGUCACAGAAAAACGUGAAGGAAUAAAAAAACCAAAGCAAACAGAAGAGAAAAAGAAGUGUGCGGGAGAGAGAGGGGAAAUAAAACCAAACAAUAGAAGCAGCCAGCCUGAGCACUCGCGCUCAGUGUCAGAUGGAGAGGAGGAGGAGGCGGGAUUGAUGAGGUUCCUCCCGCUGCUGCCGACGCUGCCGCUGCCCUUACUGCCGCUCCUGCCUGGACUCUUCUAAUUGCCGUCCGCGCGGCUGAUCGGAGAGGACCACUCGCUGCCGCUGCCGUUGCCGUGACUGCUGUUGCCGUCUCUUCCCCCCCCUUGUCUCUCGGUCUCUGCGUCCCUCCCCCCCGCCAUCACUCUUGAAGCUAAUCAGCCCCGUCCGCGGGAGAGAGGAAAGGAGAGACAUGGGAGUCCUGGUGUGUGGCGUCUUACUUCUGGCCCUCAUCUGUCAAAGCCAUAGCUACAGCGUCAGAGACCCCCUCAGCAGGUUUAAGAGCAGGUAUCAGGAGGCUCCCUGGUCCGACCCAAAUGACUGCUCCAGGAUAAGACAGCCUGCCAUCCAGUCCAACCCCCAUAAUCUGACACUGGACAUCCGAAUGCCAGGAGUGAUCCCAUCAGCAUCGGACACGUACCUGUGCAUGGCUGUUCCUGUGCCUACCCAGAGGGACACCUAUAUAGUGGACUUUGUGCCUCAUGCGUCAAUGGACACAGCUCACCACAUGCUCCUGUACGGCUGCAGGACCCCUGUGUCCACCAAAGGUUACUGGGACUGUGGGGCGGAGCAGGGCACCUGUAAAGACGAGGCCAAAAUCAUGUACGCCUGGGCCCGCAACGCCCCUCCUACCAAACUGCCCAGAGAUGUUGGAUUCAGAGUUGGGGGUGACACCCGCAUCACCCACUUUGUGCUGCAAAUUCACUAUGGUGACGUCAGUGCAUUUAGAGAUCACCAUAGAGACUGCUCAGGGCUUACUCUCACGAUGACUUCCAAACCACAGCUCUUUAUUGCUGGCAUGUACCUGAUGAUGUCUGUAGACACAGUCAUCCUCCCGGGGAAAAGAGUGACAAACGCAGACAUCGCCUGUCCUUAUGUGUCAUAUCCAAUACACCCUUUUGCCUUCAGAACCCACACACACCGUCUGGGUCAAGUUGUCAGUGGAUACAGAGUACGUGAUGGAAAGUGGACCCUGAUUGGACGUCAGUCGCCACAGUUACCACAGGCGUUUUACCCGGUGAGCAACUCCAUCACGGUGGAGUUCGGAGACACGCUGGCUGCCCGCUGCGUCUUCACUGGGGAGGGGAAGACGACAAAGACGCGCAUCGGUGGGACUUCGGAAGAUGAGAUGUGCAACUUCUACAUCAUGUACUACAUGGAGAGCAAGUACGCGACGCCCUACAUGGACUGCAUGAAUCAUGGGCCCAGCGAGCUCUUCAGGAGCAUCCCCCCCGAGGCCAACGUUCCCAUCCCCGUACCUGCGGGCCACAUGAUGAUGGGCAUGAUGCACGGAGGCGCCCAUGGUACAGAUGAUCAGGAUGACUCUGCCUUGCUCGAGCCAAAGAGAGCGGAGGAGGAUGUUCUUGAUCAGGGUGACAUCUAUUCCCUUCUCUCCAAACUCUUAAGGGAGAGGGAGGACGUAGUCCACGUGCAUAAGUAUAACCCCAGCGAGGUCGAGCGUGCCCAGGCCGACCUCCUCGACAGCUUAAUGCAAAAGAAAGACCUGCCCUGGGCCAGUGCCAGGAUAGGCUACAACCAGAGAGGCAAUCCUAUUCUGGUGAGGGACAGAGUACACAAGUUCCACCAGUUAGAGUCCACUGUCAGGCCGGCCUUGGGCAGGAUUAUGCCAGUCUUGUGGCCCGCUACUGUCGUGGCCAAGGCUGAUAAAACAGGGGCUCAUCUGGAGGAGACGGCCGACUGGCCCGAGGCGCCGCUGCAGCUGGGCCAAGUGUCAGGCCUGGCCCUGGACUCCGACGGCAACCUGGUCAUCUUCCACCGCGGCGACCACCGAUGGGGGAUGAAUUCCUUUGACUACCAAGGCAGAUACCUGGAAAGAUCACUGGGGCCUAUCCAGCAGCCCACUAUCUUGGUCGUGGAUCCAGCCAAAGGCAAAGUGCUCAGGGCUUCAGGCAGCAACAUGUUUUAUAUGCCACACGGAAUCACAACGGAUAAGGAUAACAACUACUGGGUCACCGAUGUAGCACUUCACCAGGUCAUGAAAUUAAGUGGUGAUGGUCAAGACAAGCCACUGGUAGUGCUGGGUGAGGCCUUUGUACCAGGAAGUGACGAGCACCAUUUCUGCAAGCCCACGGAUGUGGCCGUGGAUCCCGAAUCGGGCAACAUCUAUGUGUCCGACGGUUACUGCAACCGGAGAAUCCUGACGUUCUCUCCCGACGGGAAAUAUCUCAAACAGUGGGGAGCAGGGUACACUGACCGCAGAAAACGACUACCCUUCCAGAUUCCACACAGUCUGGUGUUCCUGCCAGACAGACGGGAGCUCUGCGUAGCGGACAGGGAGAACGGACGCGUCCAGUGCUUCCUGGCCGAGACUGGGGAGUUCAUCAAAGAGAUCAAGAAGGACGAGUUCGGGGGAGAGGUUUUUGCCGUGUCCUACUCACCAGAGCAAGGUGGUCUGAUCUAUGCCGUGAAUGGGGAGUCUCCUACCGGCGUAUCGGCGCCUCUCAGGGGUUUCGUGGUGAAUUAUUCAACCAAGGAGAUCCUGGACACCUUCAGCCCCGACUCACAGAAGUUCAAGAUGCCUCACGACAUUGUGGUCAGCAAGGAUGGAAGUGUUUUUGUUGCAGAUGCAGACACCAACUCUGUGAUCAAGUUCGUCCCUGGAGGAAAAGCUGACCACCGGUCUGUGAAAAAAGGUGGAAUUGAAGUUCAGGAAAUUGAAGAGACAGAAACCAUUGUCCAGGCCCACCUGACGCCUCUCCAUAAGCUGCCUCAGCAGCACGCCAUCGUGGUGGCAGCUGUUCAGAAGCAGCAGCAACAGCAGCAGCAGGCACUACCGCCCCGGCAGCAGCAGCCACACCUGGAACAGCACCAGCAGCAGCAGCAUCAGUCUGCUCUAGCCCCAGAGCCUCAAAAGCAGCAGCAGCAGCAGCAACAGCAGCAGCCCGAGCAAGAGCACGAGAAGGAGAAGAGCACGGUCCGGCAGGCUGCCCAGGGUGUCUCCCCGGCCGUCAUCACCACACUGCUGCUCAUCCCGCUGGUGGUCGUGCUCGCCGUGGGUGUUUUCAUCCGCUGGAAGAAGAGCCGCAUGUAUGGAGAUGACUAUGAAGUAAAACUGGAACCAAACUCCUCAGGUGGAAUCCUGGGAAAACUGAGAGGUAAAGCUGCGGGCACCUUGAACCUGGGCAACUUCUUCGCCUCUCACAAAGGCUACACCCGGCAAGGCUUCGACCGCCUGAGCACCGAGGGCAGUGACCAGGAGAAGGACGACGAAGACGCCACAGACUCUGAGAACGAGGAGUAUGCUGCCCCCCCACUGCCCCCCAUCUCCUCCUCUUAGGGGACCCAUACCCCCCCCUCCAGAGAUUCCUGCUGACCUGCCCGACAAACGCUGCCCACCAGAGCAAUCCUUCUGUCCAACAAACACCGUCAGGAUGUACUUUAAUCAUAUAUGUAAAACUGUUCAUAUCGGCUGCCAACACAUUUCUUAUUUAUUUGUGCAAACAUUUCCCCUCCGUAGGAGCGUUUUCUGACUGCCACUUUAAUUUAUUAGAUACGGGGACCAGAUGUAGGUGUGAAGCACUGGUAGAGCUAUGGAUGUAGCUCUAGAUGAUUAUUUUCAAAUAGGAUAUAUGCGAUAAUGACUAAAGACAGAGAAACUAUUUAGAGUUUUAUUUUUACUUUUUUUUUUUGCCAUGACUGAAUUAUUAUUGUUCAUAUACUUCCAAGUGAUUUAUCAACCAGAUAGCAUUUUUAUAAGUUAUCAGGUAAUUGCUCCAGAUGUUUGGUUGAUGACUUUAUCUGUACAUGUGUGCCUUUUUGAUUGUGUAUUUUUUGCCUUUCCGCAGCACCUGUUAUUACAAAUGUGCCACAUAAUGAAAGCGCUGCUAUUGUCAUCUGUAUUUUGAUUUAUGUUGUACCGCAUUCAAUGAAAGGCUAAAAAAAAUUGAAGAUUACUAUUAUUAUGUAUCUAAAGCUGUAUUUACGACAUUUUCCAAGCGGAUGUAUAAGAUGUGUCUGAUGUUUGUUGUGACACUGAAGUUUUAUCGCAAGAAUACUAUUUUCAGUAACAAUGUUAUUUGUGUAAUAAAGUGUCUGCAAAGCAUCA